GUGUAUAUUUUAAAUCGAUAUACUCAGGUAAUUGCAUAGCAAUUUUACGCAAGAAUUUCCUAUACGUAUGUAAAGUGAUUCUGUGUCUGACGUCAUCGUUUAGAAGAGGGAAUCCACACAGGAGGAAGGAAUCGAAGAAAAAGAAGGAAAAGAAGGAGGAGGAGGAGGAGGAAGAGGAGAAGGAAGAAGAGGACGAAGAAGAAGAAGAAGAGAAGGAGAAGAUGGAGGUGGAAGAAAAUUGAAAGUCAUUCUUUUAGACGAUGACGAUCCCUUUGGUACGAACGAAUGUGCAAAGAAAGAGAAAUCGGUAAUAUACAAAGAUAAUGGCGGCGGCGGUGGCGACGAAUGACGAUAAUGAUUUAAACUUUUAGUUUGUCGAUCUCUGGUCACACACCAAUCGUAGCUCGUGUGCUGCUAUGCUAGUUCUCUUAUGUAGUAUAAGUGUCUGUAAACAGUGAACCUCCGUCAUUCAUAUUAAUACACACCUGGCUCCGAAGUUUUCUCGGUACAAAUAUCCAUCUACCACGUUCUCUUGUGCGGGAUAUAUCUCUUUCUCUCUCUGUCUCUCUUAUACGCAUAUCUAUACACGUAUUCAUUCUCUCUCUCUUUCUCUCUCUUUCUCUUUCUCUCUCUCUCGACUUCUUCGUACUCAGCCGCACGAUUUGACGCAGUCUCGAGUAGGACGUCGUGCCUAUAUCGUGCGUCCUCUCUAAGUGCACGUUGUCUUUGAAAACGUAUAUCGAUAUCGAGGGAACGUGUGAAUUUAAAAAGAAAAAAAAAAAUAAUAAAAAUUAAUCGAAAUUCUGAUUAUCAUUCGAAAUUGUGAUUAUUGGGAUCUUAUUCAGUGGGCUGCUACAAAUGCGCCUACAUGAAAACUCGAUCCACGUACGAUCUAAAAAGAGCUUGGGUCCAAACACCAGUGGAACUUUAUUCUGCCUCAACGCAGGUGGCAUUGACGGUGCAGCAGAAGCCACUCGGUGCUGGAAGUUCGACAGCAAUGGGAACGGGCUUACAGAUUGGUUAUUCGACCGGUCAACAACAUCAAAGGUCGUCAGUUUUGCAGUCUGGUACGACGAUGGUAUCAUCACCCUCGCAAGCUGCGACCUCCCUUUAUAGGGCGUCGACUAUACCAAUGGGAGGUAGUAGUAGUGGUAGUGCACCCUGCAACGCCCUUAUCACCGGACCGCAACCGGUCGAUCUAGAGAAAAAACGACAGUUGGAGACCCAACGCGUUCACACAUUCCAGCUCAUGUUGGAGAAGGAACGAAGUUAUGUCGACAAACUUCGUAGCGAGUUAGCCAAAGCUGGAGCCUGUGGCUAUAACACCAACAAUGUUGCAACGUUACAAAAUGAUUUAGCGGGAGCCGAAAGAAGAGUUCGUACCCUGCAGGAUCGACUUGCCGCGAUAACCAACAACGAGCAGCUUUGCUCAUUGGUAACAAACACCGCGUGUACCCCGGACUAUUUUCCACCUUCGAGCAGUAGUAGCGGUGGUGAUGUCCCACCACCUCUACCUUCUCGUAAAUCCUUAUCCAUGCAAAGUCUUUCUCCGCCACCUUUGCCUCCCAGACCUUCACCCGCAAUAAAUACACAAAAUACAGUCCAAAUGGAGGUGGAACGACAUCUGCUGACUCAUUUAACGCCCUCAACCACCAGUCAUGGCAUACCUAACUCUUUUUCGCAGGGUGCAAAUUUAGGUUCGUCAAAUUCGUUAAAUAAACAUCAAAGGACAAAGUCAAGUCCAGAACAAUUGGGAGCCUCGAUGAUCUCUCCUGCAGAGGCAAGCAGACGUUUAAUAGCAUCUGAAUCUGCUUGCGAUCUUUCACCCACGAGACAUGCGAGGCAUAAUGACGUUGAAGUCGAAGAUUUACCUCAUAUUACACCUCCGGGAACUCCACCUCCACCAUAUCCAACACCUAGUCCAGGAAAUGAUACCUCUUCUUCUUUAAACGAUAGUACAUACGAUAGUUACGUGAUUGUUUCUCCACUACGACAGACACUCCUCAACGAAAGCAUUCCUGGCUUACCAAUGUUACAACAACCAAUCAUGUCAAUGGAAGACGAUGAUAUGAGCGAUCAGGAAGUUGGUCAAUUGGAAGACCAUGGACCAUUCAAAUCAUUGUCAAGGUUGUGGGAACAUCAUGCGCAUCUUGCUGUAUUUAUUAAUUACGUUUUAUCAAACAGUGAUCCUUCCAGUCUGUUGUUCUACUUAGUAACGGAUUUGUAUAAGGAAGGAAACGCCAAAGAAAUGAGAAAGUGGGCGUACGAAAUUCAUUCUAGUUUUUUAGUACCUGGUGCACCUCUCCAUCUACAUAACGUAGAUGAAAACGUUGCACAUGAGAUAGAUGAUGUUCUUCUAAAAGAAUCCGACAAAGAAGAAAUUUUACGUAAAAUAUUUUGGAAAGCACGUAAUCGUGCAAAAGAGGAGCUGAACGAACAACUUGCAGAUUUUCAACAAAAAAGGACUGCAGGUUUGGGUACAUUGUUCGGCCCAAGUGACGCUCAGCUGGAUGAAAGUGUAUCUGACAAAGCAAAAGAAACGAAGAUCAUAGAAACAUAUCUUUUGCCUAAAAUGGAACCUUAUCUCGAAGACAUAGAAAAGGAAAAUGUAGAUCUUCGACAGUUUACAACAGCAGCUGGUUUGGCAACGAUAUUAACAAAAAUUUUUCAAGUACGACCAGUGUCUCUUGACCGAGUACCUACUUUUGUAGCUAAAGAUAAAUCAAACAUUAAAGCUAGAUUACUUACGGGAAAGACUAGGAAAAUGACGAUUAGAGGACAUCGCUUUGUAGCACAUCAGUAUUUUACGAUAACUUAUUGCAACCAUUGCCAAUUAAUUAUUGGUGGUAUAGGUCCUCAAGGAUAUCUUUGUAGUGAUUGUUCUCUAAGCGUUCAUCGACAAUGUGUUCGUGUAGUAGAAGAAAACUGUCUCGGUCCAUUAGUCAGGAAAGAGAGAGGCAAUGAUCGAAUAAGUAAAUUGAUGGAACGUAUUCGGCCUGAAAGAAAACCACCAUCGUCUCAUCAUCAUCAUCAUUCUCAGAAUCAUAUGUUACACAUCGAAAGAAUCAAAAGAAGCGAAGAAGAUGCGGGUGCAUUAACGGAUGGUGAAAACGGAGAACAUCGUGGAGGCGGUACAACCGGAAACACCGAUAGCAUGGACGAUCCUUCCUCUAGAGAAGAAAUGUCCGAAAUGGUGCAGCAAAAUAUUUCCAGUAAGCCAAAGACAUCGAACAUAAACAGGUCUGAAAGUUACAAGGAACGGAUACACCAUAAGCGGCAGUUACGAGAAAAAAGAAAAACCAGUGAUCCGAAUCUUUCCAAAACAAAUGACUCCGAUCCUUCCGGGACAUUUCCUGGAAAUUCGGCUGGUAGCUCGUCGAACAGCAGUUUAUCGACGAGAAGUUUGGACAGUCCAAGUACGAGCCUGGAACAAGUGCAUCCAGCGACCUCGUCGGCUAACGCAUCGACCUCGUGGGACAGCGACGUCGAUGUCGAGCCAGAUCCUUCCGAUUGGAGUCAAGGUGUCACGGAGGAAGUACUCGCGCGUCUUAGUAAUUCCGAGAAAAAGAGACAAGAAGUUAUCAAUGAACUGUUUCAUACGGAACGAUCUCACGUACGUGCUCUGAAGGUACUGUCCCAUGUCUUCCAUAAACCGUUACUAGAAUCGCAAGUACUACCAUUGGAUCAAAUUCAAUUGCUGUUCUCAAAUCUGGACGAAAUGGUAGCGAUACACUCGCGUUUCAACCAGGCGAUGAAAAGAAAGAAGAAGGAAAAUCCUUGCGUGGGCGAUAUCGGUGAACUUUUAUUGGAGAUGUUCGACGGAGAAGCCGGUGAGACGUUCGAACGCGCUGCCUCGACUUAUUGUGCGAAACAGCAGGUAGCUUUGGACGCGUUGAGAGAUCGACGUCGGAAAGAUCUCAAAUUAAAUUCGUUCCUGAACGAGAUCGAAGCCAAUCCUCUUUGUAGGAGAUUACAACUGAAGGAUCACAUACUGACUGGUAUGUUGAGACUGACCAAGUAUCCUCUGCUCUUCGAAAAUCUCGCGAAAUAUACGCCGGAAAAGCACGAGAAGGAGAAGGCGUCGGUGUUACGUGGUCUCGAACGAAGCAAAGAGAUCUUAAGUCGAGUCAAUCAGGCGGUAAAGGAGGCAGAGGAUUAUCAACGUCUCGUAGAAAUUCAACGUACCAUCGACAGAUCUGCCUUCGAUAAGUUCGAUCAUCCGACGGUUCAAGAGUUCAAAAAUCUCGACAUAACUAAACGCAAAUUGAUUUACGAGGGCCCAUUGCAAUGGCGUAGAACCGAACAAAAUAGAGCAAAGCCGGUAGAUUUGCACGUAGUUUUAUUCGACGACACGAUAUUUCUCUUACAUCGUCAGGACGAAAAGUAUCUCUUAAAAUUCAUUAAUACAAGCCAAGCGAGCUCUGUAUUGAGUCCCAUCGUAAAAGUGUCGACGGUAUUGGUGAGGCACAACGCCGUAGACAAGAACUCUUUAUAUUUGGUCAAUACCUCGCAAAACGGAGCGCAGAUCUAUGAUUUGGUGGCUGCUUCUCCUGCCGAAAGGAAAUUGUGGUGCAAGCACAUUUCCGAAGCUGCCGAGGCAUAUAAAGCACGUGAUAGACAGGACAGAAGACCUACACCACCCACAACACUGCCAGAAGAGACCACGAUAUCGUCUAAUGUCGUAGAGGAUACGCCUUCUGUCGUAGCUAGUCAUGUCGUAGAAGAUAAAACUGAUCAUAAUAAGGUAGAGCAAGAACAUGAGCCGGAGCAUGAACACGAACCAAUAAUAGAGUACGAACAUGAAUCAGAACUGGAAACCGAAUCGAACCAGAAACAUGGUACAGAAGGGGAACAUGAGUGUGAACAUCAUGAACGGUUACAUAAACCUGACAUUGAACCAGAACCUGAACAUGAGUUUGAGCCAGAAACGGAUGAACAACAACAUGUGCCAGAAUCCGAAGUUGAACUUGUACACGAACCGGAAAAACUCGUACGUGAACGUGAUGGUCAUGAGCGGGAAAACGAAAAACAAGAAUUACGAGCCGAACAAGGAGACGAACAACAACAGCAGCAGCAACAAGAACUAUUGUAUUUGGGAGAUGGUGGUAUAGGAGAACAUCGCGGAGGCGGUACAACCGGAAACGCCGAUAACACGGAUGAUCCUUCCUCUAGAGAAGAAAUGUCCGAAAUGAUGCAGCAAAAUAUUUCCAGUAAGCCAAAGACGUCGAAUAUAAACAGAUCUGAGAGUUACAAAGAACGGAUACAUCAUAAGCGGCAAUUACGAGAAAAACGAAAGACCAGUGAUCCGAAUCUCUCCAAAACGAAGGCUUAUUUCAGUGACUGCGAUCCUUCCGGAACAUUUCCUGGAAAUUCGGCUGGUAGUUCGUCGAACAGCAGUUUAUCGACUAGAAGUUUGGACAGUCCAAGUACGAGCCUGGAACAAGUGCACCCAGUGACCUCGUCGGCUAACGCAUCGACCUCGUGGGACAGCGACGUCGAUGUCGAGCCAGAUCCUUCCGAUUGGAGUCAAGGUGUCACGGAGGAAAUACUCGCGCGUCUUAGUAAUUCCGAGAAAAAGCGACAAGAAGUUAUCAAUGAACUGUUUCAUACGGAACGAUCUCACGUACGUGCUCUGAAGGUACUGUCCCAUGUCUUCCAUAAACCGUUACUAGAAUCGCAAGUACUACCAUUGGAUCAGAUUCAAUUGCUGUUCUCGAAUCUGGACGAAAUGGUAGCGAUACAUUCGCGUUUCAAUCAGGCAAUGAAGAGGAAAAAGAAGGAAAAUUCUUGCGUGGGCGAUAUCGGUGAUCUUUUAUUGGAAAUGUUCGACGGAGAAGCCGGUGAGACGUUCGAACGCGCUGCCUCGACUUAUUGUGCGAAACAGCAGGUUGCUUUGGACGCGUUGAGAGAUCGACGUCGGAAAGAUCUCAAAUUAAAUUCGUUCCUGAACGAGAUCGAAGCGAAUCCUCUUUGUAGGAGAUUACAACUGAAGGAUCACAUACUGACUGGUAUGUUGAGACUGACCAAGUAUCCUCUGCUCUUCGAAAAUCUCGCGAAAUAUACGCCGGAAAAGCACGAGAAGGAGAAGGCGUCGGUGUUACGUGGUCUCGAACGAAGCAAGGAGAUCUUAAGUCGAGUCAAUCAGGCGGUAAAGGAGGCAGAGGAUUAUCAACGUCUCGUAGAAAUUCAACGUACCAUCGACAGAUCAGCCUUCGAUAAGUUCGAUCAUCCAACCGUUCAAGAGUUCAAGAAUCUCGAUAUAACUAAACGCAAACUGAUUUAUGAGGGUCCAUUGCAAUGGCGUAGAACCGAACAGAAUAGAGCAAAACCGGUCGAUUUGCAUGUCGUUUUACUCGACGACACAAUAUUUUUCUUGCACCGUCAAGAUGAAAAGUACCUGUUAAAGUUUAUUAAUACCAGUCAAGCGAAUUCCGUGUUAAGCCCUAUCGUAAAAGUAUCAACGGUACUUGUCAGGCACAAUGCCGUGGACAAGAACUCUUUGUAUUUGGUCAAUACCUCGCAAAAUGGGGCACAAAUUUAUGACCUGGUGGCUGCUUCUCCAGCCGAACGCAAGUUGUGGUGCAAACACAUUUCAGAAACGGCCGAAGCGUAUAAGACUCGUGAUAGACAAGGUAGAAGACCUACUCCACCUACUACACUGCCAGAAGAGUCUGUAUCCGGAAUGGAUGAUACGUCUUUGGCCCUGCCUAGUCAUGUCGAAGGGAAAACAGAUCAUACCGCGGAACAAGAACACGAACCAGAACACGAACAUGAACGUGAACCAGAAGUAGAGUCUGAAUUAGAACGAGAACAUGAACAGAAAUUAGAAUCGGAACAAGAACAUGAAAAAGAGCAAAAGGAUAGGUCUGAUAACUUAGGAAAUAUUGAAAAAGAGGAAGACGGUGGUGUACCGGAUGCCGCAAAAGCUGAACCUUCGACGAGCGAUUCAUCACAACAACAUCAACCACAACAGUCCGAGUCACCAACAGCAAGAGGUAUCGGGGAGCCAUUGCGUAUGGUCAUCACAGAAAUUUCGCUUAUUGAUCCUCUUGAAGUACACGUGGAGGUACCAUCUGUGCAUGUUGCAGAACCAGUUCUUACAACAAUAGAAUGUCCAAGACGUGUAGGAAAUUUACGUAGGUAAGAAUUAGAAGCGGAAGAAUUGGCAAGAGGACCUGGGUAGCUUAAUGGUGGUUAGAGCAGCAGUCGCCCGACAAGCGAAAAGUCUCCUCGGGUUCGAAUCCCGGUCCAGCCACCCAACCUAUUUUUUCUGCCUGAAGUCUUCUUCACAAAUGAGAUAUUCGCCCGCAACAACAACAACAAUACUGUCGUGUGUGCGAAUUUGGUGGAGAAUUGUAUUCCCAACUAAUUAUGACACUUGAACAUGGCAGCUGACAAAAGUUGCAGUUUUUAAUAUGUGUGUUCCUCUUUGGGCCCAUUAUUAUAAAAAAAAAAAAGGAAAAAACAAAAAAUGAAAUGAAAUGAAAUAAAAUUGCUGAGGGUCACACAGUCAAGCUGGGCCGGAACGUAAAAAAGAAUUUUAUGGGGAUAAAGGAAUAAUUAGAAGCGGAGAAAUUGACAAGAAAAUGUUGGAUAAAUUUAAUAAUAAUAGUCAGAAGAGAGGUCAGCCCGGCAAAACUAAAAAAAAAAGAAAAGAAAUCCGGGAUCAAUUUUCAAUUCUGACAACCCAAAAUCCAUUUGUCUAUCAA